CAAUCUCCAGGUGUUCGCCCUUCACAACAAACAUGGCGUCGGCGACCAAGAUCAUUCAGAGGCUGCGGAACUGGUUAGCUGGGAGGAAUCUCCAAGAAAAGUUGCAGCUUCGAUACACUGAAAUUUCUCGCCGGACCCAGCCUCCACCCAAGCUCCCGGUUGGCCCCAGCCAUAAGUUUUCCGAUAACUACUACUGUUUACGAGAUGGUCGUCGAGAGACAUUUCCACCUACUGUCAUUUGGUCAUUGCAGAAAGCGCUAGCGGCAGGAACGCAAGCGGCCAGUGGCCAAGGCAGUGAAGUAACUAAGGAAGUUAAGAAACCUGUUGCGCCUGGACAGCCAGUCAAGUUGAAGCUUUCCACGGAUCAGCCAUAUCUGUAACUGGAGGAUGAUUGGAUGAGAUUAACAUGAACUCUAACCUUUUAUGGUGUGCCAGCGAUGGAAAGGAGGUUAAAGUACUGAGGAAAUAAUCCCUGGGCUACAGCAUUGUAUAGCCAGAUUGGAACUUUGAGUUUCUGUCACAUUUUGGGAUUUAAUGGCUCCUCCUCUAAUGUAAAUCAGCUCAGUAAAUAUCCAAGUUAAUAAAGCA